GACGCGGUCCACACAACCCCACGGCUUAAAAGAGUGAAGGGAGAAAGCAGCGCGCCUACUUCCUCCUCCUCCCUCCUGCAUCUUCUACCCAACAAAGCAAGACAAGACAAAUCCUUCAAGGGACAUACAAACCGUCACACUGCUUCCUCUUACAUAUUUAUCCAUCAAAUAGAGAGUCCUUCAACGGGUGGGGACAAACUCCCUGCCUUCCGCCACCGACCACUUCAUUGAAAGGUCGGCCGUCUUCAUUGUCUUGUUGUCUAGUCUACCACAACCGGCGUCAUGUACGUCAAGAAGCGCGAUGGGCGCCAGGAACGCGUCCAGUUCGACAAGAUCACAGCACGCGUCUCGCGUCUGUGCUAUGGUCUUGAUAUGGACCAUGUCGACCCGGUGGCCAUCACACAGAAGGUCAUCUCUGGUGUCUAUGGCGGCGUGACUACCGCUCAGCUCGACGAUCUGGCCGCCGAGACUGCCGCUUACAUGACCGUUACACACCCCGACUACGCCAUUCUUGCUGCCCGUAUUGCCGUCUCCAAUCUCCACAAACAGACAAAGAAGCAAUGGUCGGCCGUCGUCAGCGACCUCUAUAACUAUGUCAACCCCAAGAACGGGAAGCCGUCCCCCAUGAUCGCCAAAGAGACGUACGAGUGUGUCAUGCGGCACAGGGAAGAAUUCGACUCAGCCAUUGUCUACGACAGGGACUUCAACUAUCAGUACUUUGGCUUCAAAACCUUGGAACGGUCCUACCUCCUGAAGCUCGAUGGCAAGAUUGUUGAACGCCCGCAGCACAUGAUCAUGCGGGUUGCUGUCGGCAUCUGGGGAGACAAUGUCGAGCGUGUCAUCGAGACAUACAACCUCAUGUCAAAUAAACUCUUCACACACGCUUCUCCAACACUCUUCAAUGCCGGAACACCCCAGGCUCAGUUGUCGUCGUGCUUCCUGGUCGAUAUGAAGGAUGACAGCAUCGAAGGCAUCUACGACACCCUCAAGACUUGCGCCAUGAUCUCCAAGAUGGCAGGCGGCAUUGGCUUGAAUAUCCAUCGCAUCCGUGCCACCGGCUCCUAUAUUGCCGGCACCAACGGCACCUCCAACGGUAUCAUCCCCAUGCUCCGCGUUUUCAACAACACUGCCCGCUAUGUUGACCAGGGCGGCAACAAGCGGCCUGGCGCCUUUGCCAUCUAUCUCGAGCCUUGGCAUGCCGAUGUCUUUGAGUUCCUCGACCUCCGCAAGAACCAUGGAAAGGAGGAAGUCCGUGCUCGUGAUCUCUUCCUUGCUCUGUGGAUUCCGGAUCUCUUCAUGAAGCGUGUUGAGAAGAACGGCGAGUGGACCCUCAUGUGCCCCAACGAGUGCCCCGGCCUUGCCGAUUGUUACGGCGAGGAGUUUGAGGCUCUGUACGAAAAGUACGAAAGGGAAGGCCGUGGUCGCAAGACGGUCAAGGCUCAGAAGCUAUGGUAUGCCAUUCUCGAGGCCCAGACCGAGACGGGCAACCCCUUCAUGCUGUACAAGGAUCACUGCAACCGGAAGAGCAACCAGAAGAACCUGGGCACCAUUCGCAGUUCCAACCUCUGCACCGAAAUUAUCGAGUACUCUGCUCCUGAUGAGGUUGCUGUCUGCAACCUGGCUUCUAUCGCGCUUCCAGCGUUUGUCGACUAUAACGAGGGUGUUUAUGACUUCAAGAAGCUCCAUGAAGUCACCCAGGUUGUCGUCCGCAACCUGAACAGGAUCAUUGACGUGAACCACUACCCAGUCAAGGAGGCUUACAACAGCAACAUGCGCCAUCGUCCCAUUGGAGUCGGUGUGCAGGGUCUUGCGGAUGCCUUCUUGGCCCUUCGCAUGCCAUUCGAGUCUCCCGAAGCGCGUGAGCUCAACAAACAGAUUUUUGAGACCAUCUACCAUGCCGCCUUGACCGCUUCGUGCGAGCUGGCCAAGGAGCAAGGCCCGUACUCGACGUAUGAAGGAUCUCCUGUGUCCCAGGGCAUCCUCCAGUACGAUAUGUGGAACGUCAAGCCAUCCGACCUGUGGGAUUGGGAUUCUCUCAAGGCCAAGAUCAAGGAGCAUGGUGUACGCAACAGCUUGCUGCUCGCACCCAUGCCGACCGCCUCCACCUCCCAGAUCUUGGGCAACAACGAGUGCUUCGAGCCCUACACGUCCAACAUCUACCAGCGGCGUGUGCUUGCCGGCGAGUUCCAAGUCGUCAAUCCCUGGCUGCUCAAGGACCUCGUCGACAUGGGCCUCUGGUCUGACAACAUGAAGAACCGCAUCAUUGCCGAGGGCGGUUCAAUUCAAAACAUCCCCAACAUCCCUGCUGAUAUCAAGGCACUCUACAAGACAGUCUGGGAGAUUUCACAACGCACCGUUGUCCAGAUGGCUGCUGACCGGGGUGCCUUCAUCGAUCAGUCCCAGUCGCUCAACAUUCACAUGCGUGAGCCGACCAUGGGCAAGAUCACCAGCAUGCACUUCACCGGCUGGAAGCUGGGUCUGAAGACGGGCAUGUACUACCUCCGCACACAGGCUGCGGCCCAGCCGAUCCAAUUUACCGUAGACCAAGAAGCCCUCCGCGUCCAAGACAGCGCCGUCAGCAAGGCGCAUUCUGGGUUGAAGAAGCGCUCGCCCCCUUCAGGGAGCUACAUGUCGUCCCCCAGGGCGGUUCCCAUGCCCAUGGCAUUUGUUAACAAGGAGAGCUCGCCGAACAGCCUGAGCAACGGGAUCCCAACUCCCAGCACCACCCCUCCUCCGAUCAAGACUCCUGCGGCAGCCGAGGUUAAGUCUCGCCCGCUUCCCUCGCCGUCUAAGCCGCCGGCGUUCAAGGCCGAUGUCGACGAGGGUGAUAGCCCCAAGUCACUGCCUACUGAGCCAAUUGACAAGCCCAAGCUUGAGGAGAUUGGCUCGCCGGCGCUCGAUGCGAAGAAGGAGGGACAGACCGAGGACAAGGAGGAAGAGAGUAAGGAACGCGAACUCGAUAUUUAUUCAGAGGCGGUGCUUGCCUGCAGCAUUGAGAAUCCCGAGGCAUGUGUCAUGUGCAGCGGUUGAUUCACGUCACUGUGGGAGACGCAGCGUCUUGCAAAGUGUUAUGACGGGAGACGAUGGCUGAAAUGAUUGGCAUGGGAUUAAUACCUGGGCAUGUUUUCUGUUUGUUUUUGUUUUUUUAUCAUGGGUUAUACUGGUACAUGCGGGCAGCCGUGCUCUGGUAGGAUGCCUGCAAAGUGUAAAUGCUUGUUUUUCCCUUUCCUUGAGGCGGAGUUGGAUCAUGAGCUUGUUUGUUUGCCUUUCACACUGUCGACUGUGUCGCGAAUUCCUUGCUGAAAUGUAUUAUAUACAGGCGGAGAGCUUGCCCUCUGCAGUUGUCUUGCUAGAGUCUGGGUAGUGUAUGCUGCUUGUCUUCUGAUGCUUAGGUUAGUGCGCUGAGGGUUCAGUCCACUAUCACUCGGUCGUCCUAGCUGCAAUGAAGUAACUCAUUUGUUCACUAACGAAA